AUGGCAGAAUCGCGUGAGAAUAUUUACCACUUUAAAUAUACCGCGGGAAGCUCUUCCUUCGGGGUUUCUAUGGAGGGCGACAUCUUGGUCAAUGGAAAGGAUAUGGCACACAUCAGAAAGAAAAAAUCAUCCCAACCACCGAAGAAAACCAAGAGUCAACCACAAACAGAGGAAACGGAUUCAAUCGCAUGUGAGUAUCAAGCACCAAUCCAUCUAGAUAUGUCAGAAGUUAAAGUAGCAGCAACUCAGCACGUCCUGUGCAACGCCGAGUAUUUCUCGUCUCUAUUCCGUUUCAAUCCUACAGCAGAAAAUUCGAAGGGAUAUUCAGCGGUACUCCAAUGAUGAGCCUCCAUCGAACUCAAAGUGACCCAUGGCCAGUACUUGAAAACAAUGUACACAUAUUUCGAUCUUGGCUUCUCUGCAUUGUGGACGACGAAAGCGAUUCGCCCCUAAGCAGAGCCCAGCUUCUGGACGCAGACUUCUUUGACUGCUCUCAAGAGCCUCUGCUCCGCGAUUCGUCAGGUGGUGGUUCAAACAAACUACCCCAAAACAUCGUGGAAAGCAUAGAAGCAGUGCAAGAGCUUGGAAAAACCUCCUGUUCCAAUGAUGCUGUGGAGAGCUUUCGUGAGUAA